AUAUAAUUUUUUGUAUGACUAUAAAACUAUACAUGGCCCUUUGACCCUUCUUCUCUGCUUCUCCGGAAUUUACCAGUGAAAGAAACCUGUAGAGAAACAGAAAGCUCUGCCUUCUGGUUUGAGAGAGAGAGAUGCUCUGCUCCGGCAGACUUUUUGCCGUUUCUUUCCCCGUAAAUCGGUGCUGUCCGUACAAACUGCGUAGCUCCGGCUGCUCCAAAUUCAGCUACCCAAGAAGCCCCAUAUCAACAAGCAGCUCCAGAUGGUGAUCCCUGGCCAUGGCUUCGGAGCCCGACUCCUCCUCUUUCGCUCCGUCUGUCGAUUCUGAUCCCAAUCCCGCCGCCGAUACAAACCCCGCCGGAUUUUGUAUCAUAGAGGGGCCUGAAACAGUGCAGGACCUUGCGACAAUGGAGCUGCAGGAAAUUCAAGAUAAUAUUCGGAGUCGUCGCAACAAAAUUUUCUUGCAUAUGGAGGAGGUUCGCAGGCUGAGGAUACAACAGCGGAUUAAACGCGCAGAGCUUGGAGCGGUAAAUGAAGAUCAAGUUUUCCAUCAUUCAUUCCAUUUUUGCCUCCCCUGUUGGAGUUGAAGCUGGGAAUAGGAGGCACAUCAUAUAAAGCAAGACAUAAGGUCAUCUUCAACUAAGAGGACUAAAGGAUUAAAAACUAAAAAUUACCUGAUUUAUUCAAAAAUUCAUCUCCAACCGAUGACUAGAUUAUAAUUCUGUGGAGCCCACUAGACGAUUAUUGGCCAAAAGUGUAUCAGGCUUACCAAAUAUAGACCCUCUCUUAGCCCUUUUUGGGGAUCUA